GAGCACUGCAAGAGAGAUGAGAAGCUAUCUGGGUUAUAUUUUGCUUAUCAGUGCAGCUGCUGCAGUUGAUAUCUCAACGACCACAAAGCCGGAACAACGUAACAAAAGACAGCUGAUUACCAGUUCCCUGGGCAUUCCCAUCUACUAUGACAACUUCAAUGCAAAUCCCGGACUGGAGCCAGUGCAACCACUGCAGCCUGUGCAACCACUUCCACCACUGCAGCCCAUUACGGUGGUUUCGCCCGUGGUUAGCAACACAGCGGGUGUGCAAACGCCUGGAUUUUUGCCAGCAUUUGCACAGAAUCUGCCCAUUGUGGGUCCGCUUUUAGCCAAUCUGCAGCUCCAGAGUUUGCUUGGCGGCUUGGGUCUCAAUCUGGGCAAUUCGGGUCAGCCGGGUGCCUUGGGGAAUCUUGGAAAUCUGGGUAAUUUGGGACAGCUUGGCAACUUGGCCAAUCUGGGUGGACAGAAGCCACCUGGCGGUUCAACACCUCAGACAUGUCCAAUCACCCAGAAACUCACCUGUCGCUGUGAUCCCCUUUUGCCAUUGCAAUUGCGUGAAUCGGAAUCCCAUCUUAUCAAGAUCAUCAAGCAGAAUAUCCGACACAAUGAUGAUGGUUCCCGAGAGCUCCGUCUGGUGAUCAGCAAUGGCGUUAUUCUCUAUCAUCGCAACGAGAAGGAUGCCAUUAAACAGCAGGGAUAUUACGCCCUUCCCUUUCAAAAGGAGCACUAUUUAAACGUUCACUACAGCAUUAACAAGACCAACUACACGGUCAAGGCCGAUAUCGGCAAUUCUCCACCAAAAUCUGAUUUCGAUUCCUGGACACCGAGUCAACUAGACAUAUUCUAGGACUACAUCGUAUUUAUAUAUGUUUUCAGUUCUCUAAAGCGUAGCCUUUUUUUUUUUUGUAUUUCUUUUUUAAUUACAUCUUUCUAUUAGUAAGCUAACUUAUGAUUCGCUUGCAGCACAAUAUGUUAUAAAAUGUUUAUGCUUACGAUUACGUGUCCAAAAGCACACUAUAAUAUAUUGUUUUUAUCCCAUGUGAUUGGGAAAUACGCAUUUUGAACACCAAUGAUUUUACAAAAUACAUUUAAAAUGUUGGUAUUCGAGAGUACUAUCAAGUGUCAUAAACAAAUUUAUCAUAUCUGGCUCUGGAAAAAUAAUAUUUGAACAAUUUUUUCGAAA